CACUGUUCCAAUGUAAAGUUCCAUAGCAUGGAUACAAUGUUGCUAACAGACACACGUUCCUCAGGCUACAUCAGUGUUCGUGACAAGAAGUGUUAAGGUACCAAAAAUCUAAUAUCAGGACCAAUGUCAGCUAUUCAUAACGGGUCGACACGGACAGAAGAAGAAAAUCUCGGAAUAAUCAAUACAUCGACGUUGACAUUGUAGCAGUGACACUUGUCACCUUACCGUAUAAAAUGAACUAUGCCUAAAAGUGGACGGAUCACUUAAUAUGUACAAGACAUCUGAGACACCACCAUGGAGAACAACGAUGACAGGACAGUGUGUGUGACAUCAGUGAAAGGGUUAAAGGACAACUGGCAGAGAUGGUCCAACGAGCACCAGGAGUACCAGAAAGACAACCCCUUCAGUUACGACCGGGGGGCUAUGGUGAGUGCGACUGCCCAGCAGCAGAGGUUCCAGCGGGAUCAGGAUGGCUACGGGAGGCCCCUGGAGGGCUCCUUGACAGAGCAGAGGGGCCAGAACGCCCACAUCCACAUCAGCCGGGAGGUGGAGGAGCUCUGCCAGGUGAUCAGGGACAUCGGGGAAAGCUGUGGGGACGGAGGCGGCGAGAAGAGACCUGUGGUGACGGUGGAGUUUGGGAAGCUGUUUGAGCACUAUGUGAACAUCUCCAACAAGGUGGUGGGGAUCCUGCUGAGGGCCAGAAAACAAGGCCUGGUCAGCUUUGAAAGGGAGAUGCUGUGGCAGGGGCAGGAUGACAGGGUCCUCAUCACACUGCUACAGUCACCAGGAUGAGAUGACAGGGUCGUCUCUAUGCUGCUUCAGUGACCAGGUUGAUGCAGCUGACAGACAAGGCGGUAACCAAGGCCCUGUCCAGAAACAUCCCCUAAGGAUUGGCUAGGUCUAAGCAAUAUGAUAAAUUACAUUAGGUAGCAAGGUGCAGCUACAACACCUGAAAAUAAAAGAGAGCCGCACACUCUAGGAGCUCAGAUGCAAAAAUGUAAUACCAACAUUUCGACAGCCAAGCUGUCUUCAUCAGGGUAUAAUCACAAACACUGCGGGAUGACUCGUUUAUAUAGUGUCAAAAGACACAGGUGUCUGUAAUCAUGGCCAAGAGUGGCCUAAUAUCAUUGGUUAAUAAUCAAAUAUUAAAAUAUCAUACAAAGAACAGCAUACAAACAACAAAUGGAUAGCAUACGAUCAUAGAUUCAUUUGACUACACAAGUUUACAAACAAUUACAAUGGCAAAGUCAUAAUAAUCACAAGAAUGGCUUCAGAUCAAAGUCUACGUUGAGACCGAAGGGCGCAAGGGUCUUUCAAUUCUUUCAGAUUUACACCUGCACCUAGUAUGGGUAGUUGUUUCUGGACAGGCCCCAAGAGAACCAACCUGUGGCAGCAGUGACAUGCAAUACGGUGCUGUAGGAGGAACCUGAGCCUAUUGGCCUGAAUGGACCUUGCGUUGCAUUCCAAAUUACACCGCUACACUGUAAUCUACAUAGCGUUUACAAUGUUCCUUAGCAACCUUUGUAAUUAGACAUAGAGGAAAGGUGUACUUUUUAGGGCACAAAUACAACACACUGACACUGUAGGCUUAUGUUAGAAAUGCUGGAAGGAGGCUAUGAAACUGCAUACAUGGUUGACAAUGUAGCAAAAUGUACCACCAUUUUAUUUACAUUCAGUAGAAAUAGCACAUCACUUUUUGGGCCACUGGAAUUUGUGGAAUUCACACUGUACUAAAUUCACAUUGUUCAAUUUAACAAGGGUUGUUUGAGGAAUGCUUUUGCAGCUACUUGCACUCAUAACACAAUAUGAUGAAAUAUACUCCAACACUUUACUAAUUAUUUUGUCACCAACUAAUAUACUUUAUUCCGCACAUACACACACACACACACACACACACGUGUUCAUGUUUACAAAGGAAAGCACUGAUGUUUUUCAAUAAAGUCUUCCAACAGAUCACCAAAAAUGACUGUUAAUUCAUGAUAAAUUGCAUUAGAAUGAUAGGUAACACUUUAUACUUUUUAUAAGGCAUUAGAAAAGGGUCAUAAACAUUUAUAUCAAGUCAUAAAGCCUUAAAACGGCAUACUUUACAUUAAGUGUUACUGAAUGAUGUUUCCCAUUAAUGAGAGACCAGGAAGGAAAUGUAAUACCUUAGUGGAGGCAGAAAUGCAUCAUUUAUUUAACCUAACCAUGAACAACCAUUUACAUAAAUACAUGUUGAGAUUUUUUUUACAGCGACACGUCAACCAAUAAAUACAAACACAUGACGCCCUCAAUUUCAUGCAGCAGCAUACAACUAAACAUACAUUACAUAACCGAAAGGUUGCUAGAUCGAAUCCCCGAGCUGACAAUGUAAAAAUCUG